AUGGUCGUUCUCUCGUUCAUCCUCACGUUCCUACUCGCCGCCCUUGCCCUCGCGCAGGAUGACACCACACCUUCCGAAUGGAAUACGACGACAUAUCUGACGCGACCAGAGCGCGAGUCGCUCGCAAGUGCCGCCGCGGCGCGGCUGGUUUCGAAGAUUGAUCCGACAACGGGCAGAAUCAACAGUCUGGGAUUUAGCUCUCAGGAUGUAAACCUCGCGGCGGUGCUCGCGCUCCAGGAUUAUCACAGGGGAAGCAAUACCUACCAGGAGGUGUUGUCGGACAUGUUUUCUACGUACUAUGCGGGACAUAACAACUCGUUCUUUGCCGCCCUACCGGUGAGUAGACAUGGAAAUAAUGAGGAUAUACAAUGGGGCCUCUCAGCAUACUACGCCUUUCGAGCGUAUGGGGACGAGACGUUCUAUAACCUCGCGAAGGAUUCAUGGGAGCGCGUGUACUCAUAUAUCGUCGACACGGGUGAUGCGCAGAAUGGAACACAGGCGACGAGGUCUGUGAGCUUCAAGACGGAGUGCCCCUCAUCCAAGGCUAUCGGAAAUGACUCCAAUAUCGGCGCGGUAUUCAUGUAUCCUGAUACGAAGAACGAUACUAGCGUCAACUCACAAACCAUGGGCCCUUUCAUGACCCUCGGCGCAUAUCUUUACGAGUCGAGCAACCGUACUUCUCAGUACCUCGCCUACGCAAAUCUGACUGGGCAAUAUCUCAACUAUCAUCUGUACAAUGGAACAAUCAUGCUCGACACUGCGAACGUCGCUACGUGCGCUGUGGACACCGCUACCGCGUUCACGUAUAACACGGGCUACGUGCUCGAGGGUAUCGCUGUUCUGGCGAACCAAAGCCUCACAAGUCUUGCGGGCACUGAUGACGGGUUGGAGAUGUAUCGGGACUGGUUAAACACUAUGGUUCCAGAGGCUAUCAAGUUCGUGGGCUGGACAGGAGAUGAUGGUGUCAUAUUUGAGGAGAACGCCGAUCCGGAUAAUUGGACGAGCGGCUUGAAAGCUGUCCUCGUGAGAGGUCUCCUCGAAGCUCGCGCCCGUAAUCCAGCGGCGGACUGGGCACCGCUCGUCGAUAACUUCGUCACAGUCCAAUACAAUGCCUUGCUGACUUCCAACGCCGCUGGGAGCAAUGACACAUACUCGACUGACUGGCGCACUGUAUCAAACGGGACGAUUGACUAUCCAGGAAGCAUCACGGCGUUGGAUGUUCUGAACGCUGCAAUCGUGACUCCAACAAAUGCGACUACUGAAGCCCCUUCGACGUCAAACAAGUCCGGCGGCACAAACGUCGGCGCGAUUGUUGGCGGUGUGAUUGGUGGCCUGGCCGCACUCGCCAUCAUCGGUUUCCUCUUGUUCCUCCUUCGCCGCCGUCAUAACCGCCGUAUACCGAGCUCGCGCGCCUUCCUUGACGAUAACGGCCGCCCGCGUCAGUCAAUGAUCCAGCCCUUCGUCGCAACCCACGGGCCGGCGUUCGCCGGACCCACAGGAACAUCCGAAUCGUACCCAUUCUAUCCAUCCUCCACCACCGAGCUUCAUUCCAAUGGCGUCCCAAACAGUAUCGGCGCCGCGGCAAUGCAUCCAAAGUUGCAGCGAAUGCAGCAGAGCUAUACAGCUUCGGAUACAUCCGCACACCAAGCGCCGCCAAGUACCAACCCACCAUCGUCGGCUGCGCCGACAAGCCCUACAAGCGACGAGCGCACACUUAGCCCGAGCGAGAUCUCGUCGCUCUUGAGGCGGCUCAACGGCAUCCUUGGCCGCAGCCCUGCCUCAGUGCUGCCGCCUGACGUGCAUAUGCUUGAGACGGAUGCGUACGAGGGCGCGCCGCCGCCGGACUAUCGUGACGCGGCUGGUCAGCGAUAG